AAGCUCACAGUCCAUCUGUGAAAGCUCCAAAAUUAGAGGCAUUCACGCAGUAGUCGGGGAACUUUGUUCAAAAUGAGUGGAAAGAAGAAGAGUUUUCCAAUGGAAAGUGGAGGAAAAACUGACGAAGGUGGUUCAAAAAGGAUGCGAAUGUGCAAAGAAAGUUGUGGAUUCUUGGGAGCUCUCAAGUCUCUGAUGCAUCACAGUGUUACAACGGGAGCUACUUCGUUGAUAAUUCGAAUGGAUUUGGAAUAUCCGUAUCUGCAAAUUUCCGACAAUGGUGUGGGCAUCGCGACGUCGGAAAUUGAGGAAAUUGGGAAAACAACUUUCAUCGAUGUUAUUUCUGCUGCAGAUGAUGUUUCAAUUGAAACAAUGACGGAGACAAUGGAAAAAUCAAUUUUUAUAAAAUUCCACAAAAAUGUCUUGAUGCCAACAAAAUCUGCAAAAAAGUCCAAUAAGCAAGACAAUACCUUCGACUGGCUUGGCUCACCAUCUACCAAGAGCUCUCCCGAACCAAGCUCCUCAACAGAAAGCUCAUGCAAUCAGAGACAAACUUCUGGCACUACAUUCACCCUGACAAAUGUUCAUCUAACGAUGAUUGAGAGAUUUGAGAAAUUUUCCAAGAAUAUCGUGAAUUACGUGAAGAAUUUUGCCAUUGCUCACUACAAGAUGUCCAUCACGCUCAGGGAUCUGAAGGGCAAUAAGCUGCUUUUUGGGACGAAAAAGGCAAAAUCAAUCACAGAGAAAGUGGCUUCGAUCUACAAAUUGGACGGUAUGGAGUUCAAUUCAAUGAGCAAAGCUAGUUCAAAUAUUGCUAUUGAAAUCAUCUGGGGAACAAAACUCUAUCAUUCUUCGAACAUUCAGCUGGUUUUUAUCAAUGGUGAACCCAGCACCAAUAACCGUUUGCUGAAAACCGUCAAGAAAGCCUGGAAGUGCGGUAGAAAGAAUGAGCAUCCGGUUUAUGUACUCAACAUCACGAUAAGGGUAGCACAGGAAGGGAAAUUGGAACAGAUUUCUCAUGAUUCAGUCAUCAAGGAUUGCAUUCGGGAGUGUGUGACGAAACUCAAGAGUUCAUGCGGAGAUGAUAUUUCAGAUGAAGACGACAUGACAAAUGAUGAGGGAUCGGUUUACUUCAGAUCUCACCUUUUGCUGGACGUUGAUAAGCGACAGAAGGAGAAGAAAGACAAAAAGGACAAGAAAAAUGAUUCUAGAAUGGAAACUGAUGAUACUUCCAUUUUCGCUGUGCCACUUCCUCCUCAACGUCAAGAAAAUAGGAUCCAAAACAGUCCAGUUAAAGCAGUUCACCCAGUUGGAGCAGUUCGUACACCCGAAGCAGUUCGUCCAGUUGAAGCAGGUCAAACACCUGAAGCAAUUCAACCAGUUCAACCCAUUCGCAAUCAAUCCAGAGAAGCCCCAAUACAGACUACAAAUCUCAGCGUGAACUGUUCACGGAGUGCAAGACAAUACCUUCUUACUCUGACCUCGUCUGAAUUAGACAGACCAUCACCUAGAAGGAGUGCACCUGUUAUUAGAUCAUCCCCUGCUAGGAGCGUAGUUGUUGCCAGAUCAACUCCUUCAAGAAACACACCUGUUGUCAGACCAUCUCCUAGAUCGAGCGUACCGAGAUCUGUACACUUCCAAUCGCCUCAAUUUGAACUUCAACCAUCACCACGCAAUAACACAGCUUUUCUGGCACAGACGGCACAGUCUCACUUGCAGAACCUUCAAAAUCAAAUGCAUGAUGCCAUGAAGGCUAUUGAAGAUCUGAAGAAGGAACGCGAAAGGGAUCAGAGGAGAAUUCAGGAGCUAACGCAAGAAAAUCAAGAUCUGCUUUUUAGUCAGAGGAGCUCCCGUGUGGCAUCCAGAGCAGGCGGUCUCUCAUUUUUUGAUGAAGGAGACACAGGAAUGCCCUUCUCAACAGGAGACUUUCCGUUCCUUGAUGAACAGGAUUCAAAUUCCUCAUGGGAUUUCUCACGACAAAACACAACGCGAAAUGAAAUGCUUCAAAAUUCAAACUUGGGGCAAGCUGAGAGGCAGAAUUCGAAUAUAAUCAACAUCUACAACAGUCAGGUGACAGUUCUCAAUGGACCUCCGACAUCUAGGAAUCAACUGUGUGGAUGAAUUUAAUUUUUUUCCUAAUUGAAAUUUCUAUGAUUUCUAACUAAAUCUGAAGUGAAGAAAUAUUUUUUUGCUGAUUAAGUUCAAUAAUUGACAACAGAAUUUGAAGAUGUUUUUUAAGAAGCAUUUAAUUGAAUUCUUUUUGAUAAAGAAAUUGAAUAAAUUGAAAAAUAAAAUGUUUCAACUGUCA